AUGGCGAACACAAUUCUUCGCGGGCAGAUGAUUUUCCAGGACGAGAAUGCAUUGGCACAUCAAAAGAGUAAUGCUUCUUUACACUCCUUUGAGGCUGUUGCUGCUGCGGGAAAAGGCAAGAGCUCCCUCGCAGCUCCAAAGAAAAACGGAGCGGGUUUUGGAAGCCGAAGGGCUUUGCAUGAUAUUACAAACAAGUCAAAGUUGCAACCUCAAGCUUCUUCCAAGACGAACAAGAAGAAUCCCGAGGGAUUAGACUUUGACAUAGCAAAGGAAGGUUUCUUGCAUGAUCACCGCAAAUGCAUUGAGCAACAACAGCAAUACCAGUGGGACAGUUACUUCUCUCAACACAUCAUCCUUGAUACCAACAACACCAAGGAACGGAUUCAUGAAGACGAUAUUAAAGAUGUGGGUGACAAAAGCAGCAACACUUGGGAUGAUGAGCUUAAGGAGAUUUCAAUGGAGGAGUUUUCAGAUUUACUGGAAUGCUCAACUCCACCUCACUCGCCCAUCCAUUCUUCUUUACCUUCAUCGCCUUUGCCAUGGCUUUUUGAAGCUGUAGAAUUCAAGCUCAAGGAAGAUGAAGACACCACCUGA